CAGAUUUAGCAUUCGGAAUUUUGCACAAGAUCCUUACAAGAUAACGAAUCGUCACAAUGUUACAAUCUAAAGAAUUAAAACGAUCUUUCGACGAGAAUUUAUUGAAUGACUACGCAAAGAACGACGUCGCUCUGAAGGAAGAGAUUCAGAAGAACAGCGACUUUAUGAACAACUUUAAAUCUACUAAUGAUGAUUGCGACAAAUCGGUUCUUGUUUCAGUGAACUUUCUUACCGAUCAGCACAAGAAAUUCAUAACAAUGUGCAAACAGGAACUCAGUGACGAUUUGCCAAUGGAUUUCAAUCAAUGGACGCUCAAAGAGCAAUAUGACCAUCUCAUAAGCAAUACUAGCAAAUAUUUCCCGAACAUACCCAAAUCCCUGAGAUCUAUCUUGCCGGCGACCUUCGAAGAUGGAGAUUGCGGUCGAUCGGCGAACGAGAGACCGGAUUGGUUGGAUAUGAACAAAUUUUACCGCGGACAACAAUUCGCUUUGCGUUAUUUCUGCGCAAUUUCCCUAAGCAAUUUGAUAAGUAUACCACUGUCGUUUAGUUUUGCCGAUGGAUUGAAACCGUUGAUCCUUAGUCAAAAAUCCAACAUACCAUAUAACGCUUUCAAGCGCUACUUGUCAUCAAUCAGACGUUUCAGGAAUUGGUACACGAGUGAUCCUUGGUGUGAAGGAACGCAAGCCUAUCACGACAUUCAGGUGGUACGAAAGUUGCAUCGCGCCAUGCGACAGAAGUUAUGUAGCAUGAGCGACGAUGAGAUCGAUCUGGCUAGCAAAAUGUCAUAUAUGAAAUGCCCGAUGUUUCAAACAAUCGCGAAGGAUUUCGCGGAUGCAUGUCCGUUGGCGAAGAGCCGACAAUGCCCGUUUACGAUGUCAAGGAUAAAGGGAUUGAAUCAGGGCGACAUGUUUGGCACGCAAUUUGCCUGCAUGGGUUUGAUAGUACUCUAUCCAGAACAAUUCGGAAUAUAUGAUGCGAGCGACGAAGAUCUGGAAGCUUUCUGUCAUCUCUGGCGCGGCUUGGGUUACCUGUUGGGCAUGCAAGAUCAAUACAACUUCUGUCGCGGCAGUUUGCAAGAUAUACGUCAACGUAUCGAAGAUUGUAUUGAAUAUUGGGUGAAACCAAACUUGCGCACAGUAACGGCGGAAUGGGAACACAUGACCCUAUGCCUCUACGAGGGCAUCGCUGCAAUUUCUUCUUUGAGCAGUUACAAAGUCUUUCUGCUCUAUCUUUGCGACAUAUUCAAACUUAAAAUGCCUCGUCUGUACAGUUCUCUCAAUUUUUGGGACAGAAUAGUGUACAAACUGUUAAAGUUUCAAUUCCUCUAUUUGACAAAAUUGCCGGGUGUUUUUCCUGUCAUGAACGCGAUGUUUCAUAAGGAUCUAAAUCGAGCGGCAAACUUCGGAUUUAAGGAACAUGCCAAACUUAAAUUAAAUUAUUCAAAAUCAUCCCGGAAUGUCAUGCAUAUUUAA